AUGAAGCCACAUGAGGUUUCCCUCGGUCUCUCGCUGGCUUACUUUCACGAGUUCGUCGCAGCCCAUGGAGGCCGAACCGCGUUUGAAGACCUCUCGACGGCCAACGUGUGCACUCGAUUCGUCAUGCCGACGACAGAACUGUCCAAAUUGUCGUUGGUGGACCAUGUUCUCGCCCAGCCAGGUGGAGACAAGUUUGCCAAGCCAGCGCAGUGGCUCAUCAGCCACUCGUGGUCGUACAAGUUUCUCGACGUUGUCGACGCCAUCGACAACUUUUGCCACGAACACGCGCUCGACAUGGACACGUCGUUCUGGUUUUGCAUGUUUGCCAACAACCAACAUGCCAUUGGCGAGCCCACGGUCAUGUUUGAUGUGUUUUUGCACGCUUUUCGGACGGCGCUGGCAGACACGGGCAAGAUGGUGAUGGUGCUGAGUCCGUGGCACGACCCCGCGACACUCAAGCGGACGUGGUGUGUGUACGAAGUGUACUUGUCGAUCGUGCUGAACGCUCGCUUUGAAGUCGCGAUGGGGAAAACGCAGCAGGCGGCGUUUCUCGACGACAUUCAUGAACUGGAAAGCAUCAACCGCAUGCGGGCUCAAGUGAACUGCAAGCACUCGUCGACGACUGUACCGAGCGACCGCGACCACAUUUUCAAGCUGAUUGACGACACGGUUGGCGGCACCGACAAGUUGGAUCGGUUGGUCUUUGAAGUGAUGCAAACUUGGGUGCUCCAAACCGUCGGCAAUCAAGUCAAGGUGGCGACGACGCCCGAAGAUCGGUUUCGAUGGUUGUUCACGCAAGCGCAGACGUUGGUCGUGGUGGGAAGAUGUACCGAAGCGCUCGAAGUGUACCAGUCCGCCAUGGAUUUGUUUGCGGCCAACCUGCCUUUGACGUUCUGGCGGGGAUGGCAGGCACUGUAUCGCUUCGCCGAACUGAAAGCGUACACGGGGCAACCGCGGGAGCUAUGGGAGCCCAUGUUUGACGAAGCCGUCCCACGGCUGCAAACGCUGCUCGGCAAAGAUCACAACGUGGCGUUGAGUGCGCUACGGGAGGCAGGGUUCUGGUUGUGCCGAUCGGGGUGUACGGACCGAUACAGGAAGAUGCUGACCGAUUGCUUGGCGCUUGAAACGCGCAAGGCCGACGACAACGACGACAUGAUCAAGACGUUGCAUUACCUCGGCGAUUGCUGCUUGGCUCGAAACAAGUGCGCGGAAGCAGAGCAAUUGUACCACCAAGCGUACGAAGGGUACUGUCGUCUGUAUGGCCCGACGCACGUGCGAUGCCGAACGAUUCAGGGCAACUUUGCCGUGUGCUACAGCCGGCAAGGCCGCUACCAAGACGCGGCGCAGGCGUUGGCGCCGGUUCUGGACGAGAGCAUGCGCACCCUCGGCCCACACCAUCACGAAACCAUCAAUCAAAUGGGGAACGUCGGGAUUUUCCAUCGCUUGUCUGGAAAGUAUGUGGAAGCGGACGAGCUGCUGCGCCAGUGCAUUCAAAAGUCACGAGCGAUCAACAUCACGUCCAACCUGACGACGUGGCUGCGGCAUCGGGCGUUGGUCCAGUUUAGCCUUGGCCAUCCAAACGAAGCGAUCGCGUUAGCGCAGGAAGCGUACAACGCAGCGCGUCAUGGCCCUCUAUCGGACGUUUGCCUGGCGCUCCUGUCCAUCUAUUACAUCCACAUUGAACACGGCUGGCUGGACUCGCUCGAUCAAAUCGACGUCUUCCUGUGCCAACUGCAAGCGGCUGCCUUGACCCAUGAAACGUGGACAAACUUUACGUGUCGCAGGUGCACCGACGUCAUUGACGGAGACAUGACCGUGUGUAUGAUUUGCCCGCGACUGGUCGUCCGCUUUUGCCCGUCAUGUGCUGAUUCCAACGUCAACGCAGUUUGCGAUCAUGCCAAUGACGCUUGGCUCGUGUUGAAGCCCCCAUAUCGCUACUUGCUCGAACAAAAACUCAAGCUCCUGGCGACCCAACGACGCCAUGGAUGGCAAGCUUUGUAUACCGAGACGGGAGCUAUCUACACGGCCCAUUGCGACAGGUUUCGUGUGUCGGAUCGCGUUCAAUUGGAAUCGCUACACAAAUCCAAGCACGUCGGGCUUGCGUGGACGAUCGUAGCGAUGGCUGCUGCUGGCCUUGCGUGGCUAGCCCAACGCCACAAGUAG